AUGGCUUAAACUAUUGAAGAUCAACCUUCUUUAUCAGAGUUACAAUAAAUUCAACCUUAAAGACUAAUCCAACUCUUUUUUAAAUACAUUUUAUCAGAUAUUGCAAAAAGACCACGUUCUUUUAAGAUUGGAUUAUUCUCAACAUAUAUUGUUAUUGCAUUUCUAGGAUUACUUUAAUGUUUAAAAAGUCUAAGUCCUUUUGUAUUUCUUCAAUUGGCUGAAACCUCUGUUGGGGAUACAGAUCUAUAGUUUUUACCAAAAAAUAUUGCAAAUAAAGACGAUUUCAAGCUAAUCAACAUAACUGAAUUACGCCAAGUAAUCUAUUUAUUUUAUGUAGUACACUUCAUAAAUCAAUGAAUUUAUAGAUGUUUCUCCAAGAUGGCUAUUUAUGUGUGAUAUUCACAAUCCUAAAGCUUAACUUAAUUUGACUUCUUUUUUUAUGAUUCUAGAUUCAUAACUUGAAAAUAGUAUAGGACUUGGUCGAAGAUUAGAUACUGAUAUUAUCACUUCUAAUUAAAUUUAUAUAUCCAACAGUCUCUAAAAAGGACUUAAUGUUCAAAUUGGAGAAACUAUUCAAAUUUAAUUUAGUGUUAUUGAAUUUCUUAAACAUUUAGGAUUCAAUAAUACAGAAGGUGAAUCUAAAAAUAAUUUAAGAGAAUCUUUUAAAAAGUUUAUAAAUGAUUUAUUACAAAUAUCAAAUGAUGAUAUACUGUAUAGGAAAUUUGAUGUACAAACAAUGUUACAAUAUGCUAAAGAAUAUAAAUAUUAUGUAAAUGAUUUAGAAGAAUCUGAUUGGAAGAAAAAUUAAACUAAAAAAAAAUUUAUUUAAUCUAUUUAUAAUUAAAAUCUAACAAUUUAAUAGAAGAAAUUAGGUAAAAAAAUAGUGGAUUUCUUAUUUGCAAGAAAUAUGACUUAAGAUGCAAAACAUAUUUAUCAAUUCACUUUAAGAUUAUCAUCAUUUACAAAAGAAAUCACUAUUUUAUAAAUAGAAGAUGGUUUGUUUGAUAUUGCAAUUGAAAUGGCUGAAUUUUAAUUAAAUUUUUAAGUUUAUAAAAGUGUUUAAUCUCCAAAAGGGAAAUGGACAGAAGCCUUAGGAAUGAUGGUAUACAUGGAUUAUAAAAAUGCAAGUAAUUUAUUUUUAGAUGCCAUUCUUGAUAGAUUUGAUACUGUAAUUAAAUAAAAGAGAAAAUAUGACAAAGGAAUGGCAGGAGCUGUAUCAUAAUUAAUCCCUGUUACAGAAACCAGAAAUUCUGUUAUGUCUAAACUUAAACACUUUUAAUUAUAAGAGUAUUCUAUGAUGGCUAAUGUUGUAUUCGACAAUAAAUAUCCAAAAUAUGAAACUCCAUAAAAUGUCAAAACUGUAAUUAUUUCAUCAACAAAUUAAUUUUACUCAAUUGCUGGUUAUGACUAUCCUGUUUAAAUUAUGGCCCCAUUAGGUUUUAUAAUUGAAAUAUAUCAUCUUUUAAAACAUUUCAUUGAGACCAUUAUUGAGGUAGCAACUAUGAUUUUAUUAAUGUUAUCUAUUCUUUUAAUUUAUUCUUUAAUGAUAGGUGAUGUUGAUGAAAAGACUUAUGAAUUUGGAAUGUUAAGAGCAUUAGGAUUUAGAAAAUCAUGGUUAAUUGGAUUAUUAUUAUUAUAAGCAUUAACAUUUGCAAGUUAGUAAUUAUUAUAUCAUAUCUAUAGUACCAGGUUUAUUAUUAGCAUUAAUUACAUGUUAUCUUUUAAAUACUUUAAUAUCAAUGUAUAUAUUUGAUAUGUCUCUUUUGAUUUCCUCAUAUAAUAUUCCAAUUUAUGCAUUAAUUCUAUAGUUAAUUAUUGGAAUAUGUAUGCCUAUUAUUAGCAAUAUUUUACCAAUUAAAUAAGCUUUAUCAACAGCUCUCAGAGAUUCUUUAAAUUUAUUUCAUAAAGUUGUUAGUAACAUUGUUGUAACAGUUAUGAGACUUGAAAAAAUAGGUAUUAGUUUAAAUUAAACAAUUUAUUCAAUAAUGUUAAUAUCAAUAGGAUUUAUAAGUUAUUAUAUUAUUCCUAUGAAUAUGAUAUACUAAAAUUUUGGAGUUGCUAUUUUUGUAUUAAAUAUUGUAUUUAUAACAAUGUUAGUAGGUGUAACAAUGAUUAUCAAUUUAAUUCAAAAAUUAAUUGAAAAAUUGAUUCUCUAUAUGAUAUUAUGUAUAAAAUCAUCUGAUUAAAAUUUGAAACCUAUUAUAUUAAAUAAUUUAAAAUGUCAUGAGAAUAGAAAUGCAAAAACAACCCUAAUGUAUUCACUUGGUUUAUCAUUGAUUAUAUUUACAGGAUCAUCAUUCGCAAUCAUGAGUUAAAUGAUGGAAAAUUAUAUAAAAAUAAAUACAGCAGCAGAUAUUCGUAUUUUUGAUGUAUCCAAAAAGUUUGGUUUAGAUGAGUAUAGAUUAAAAUAAUAGCUUGAAUGGGAAUAACAUAAUGAUCCUUCAUUAAUCAGAGAUUAUACAUUUAGUGCAUUACCAUUAAAUGAAUUUCCUGGUCUACCACAUCACUUUUAUAUCUCUCCAUUAUCUCAUUUUCCAAGAAAAAGCAUAAGAUUAUAACCAGUCCAAUAAAAUUUAUUGAACACAAUUGAAAUCUAAUAUUAUCAGCCAACUGAAUAUAACACUGAAUUAUAAGAUGUUAGAUAUUUAGAUAAUGGUUUAAGAGAUGGGAUAUAUGAUUUAUAUAAUAGGGCCUUGAAUUUUGAUAUACAAUCAAAUAAAGAUAUAUCUGGAAUAGUUUCUAAUUCAAAAUUUCAUUAAAUAUUUGAUGCAAAAUACAAGAAAUCUAAAGAGAAAGCAAAAAAAAUAGAUAGGGAAAUCAAUAUCAUAAUACCAGAAGGGUAUAGAAAUGAAGGUAGUUUAAGUGUUAAUACACCAGCAUUGCUUACAAUUAAAAAUAAAUAAUACUUGAUUGAAAAGAGAUUGAAAAUUAUGCAUAUGGCAACAAAGAUUCCAAAUUUUGAUUUUAGUGCUUAUGCUACAAUUGUAUUUUAUGGAUAAGGAUUGAUUACUAUGAAAGAUGCAGAAUUGCUAUUAAAAGAAAUUAUGGAAGAUAGAGCUGUAAAGAAAAGUAAAAAUUAUAAGAAGAUAAAGGAGUUUAUAUAGUAAUUACCUAAGAAUUUAAGUUUUGGGUUGCCAAAGGAAUAAUUAUUCAUAAAAUUUAAAAGGGAAACAACUAAAGAAGAAAGAUUGGAUUUUGGUAAUAGAUUGAGAAAUUAUUUCACAAAUGAUUAAAUAUAUUUGAUAGAUUCUUAAGAGCUUAUGAGAACUUUUGAUGAUGUGUUUACAUACUUUGAGAUAUUUAAUGCAGUUGUUGCAAUUAUUGCAUUAACACUAUCCUUUUUUUUACUCUUAAUAUCAUUUAUUAGUAAUGUGAGAAAUAAUUGUUGGGAAAUUGGCAUUUUAAGAGCUAUAGGUUUAUAAGAAGUAAAAUUAAUAUGAAUUAAUUAGAUUUAAAUAUAAAAAGUAUUUAUUUAUGAGGCUGUCUCUUUAAUAGUAUCUUCAGGAUUUUUAGGUUCUUUAGUUGGAUUCACAACAGCAUCUACUUUUGCAAUGUAAAUAGCCACAUUUUCAGAAAGUCAUUUCAAAUUAGCAUUUCCAUUAUAUACUUUUCUUUUUACUUUCUUUGGUGGGGUCUUAAUUGCUGUAAUUUCAAGUUAUUUGGCUGUAAGACAAUUGAAGAAUAAAGAAAUUGCUUCUAUUUUGAAAAAUUAGAUUUGA